ACCGCGGCUCGGCCGGCUGGAGAAGAGGCAGAUUGAUUCGGGGACGGCCGGGGUCGCGUCUGCGGAUGUUAUUGUGUCCGUUCGGAGCCCCGUGAAUAGCAUCCGCGCGAGCGCACCGCGAUUCUCACUCAGGGAAAGAGGGUAGAGAGUAAAACAACAUGUCCUCUCGGUCUGCAUUACCGUCUGGGAACGACAGGAGUACUGGAGACCAUCAUGUGGCGUUGGGGGCCAGCCGCUCCGACAAGGCCACCAGCCAGUCCAGCCGCUCGCUGGGCGCCCGCUGCAGGAACUCCAUCGCCUCCUGCUCCGACGAGCAGCCGCACAUCGGCAACUAUCGCCUGCUCAAGACCAUCGGCAAGGGAAACUUUGCCAAGGUCAAGCUGGCCCGCCACAUCCUGACGGGCAAGGAGGUUGCAAUAAAAAUCAUUGACAAAACUCAGUUGAACCCAACCAGCCUACAAAAGCUCUUUCGGGAGGUACGAAUAAUGAAAGGCUUGAAUCACCCAAACAUAGUGCAGCUGUUCGAGGUGAUUGAGACGGAUAAGACCCUGUACCUGAUCAUGGAGUACGCCAGUGGAGGUGAAGUGUUUGACUACCUCGUGUCUCAUGGGAGGAUGAAGGAGGUUGAAGCCAGAUCCAAAUUUCGACAGAUCGUCUCCGCUGUCCACUACUGCCACAUCAAGAACAUUGUCCACAGAGAUUUGAAGGCGGAGAACCUUCUGCUGGACGCCGACGCCAACAUCAAGAUCGCCGACUUUGGCUUCAGCAACGAGUUCACACUGGGCAACAAGCUGGACACGUUCUGCGGCUCGCCGCCCUACGCCGCCCCCGAGCUUUUCCAGGGCAAGAAGUAUGACGGGCCCGAGGUGGACGUCUGGAGUCUCGGAGUCAUCCUCUACACGCUGGUCAGCGGCUCGCUGCCCUUUGAUGGGCAGAACCUGAAGGAGCUGAGGGAGCGCGUGCUGAGGGGAAAGUACCGUGUGCCCUUCUACAUGUCCACAGACUGUGAGGGGAUCCUUCGCCGAUUCUUGGUGCUCAACCCCACCAAACGCUGCACCCUAGACGUGAGUACACACAAGCACAGGAGGCAACUUAGUGUUGCGGAAAAUUCAAACGCAACUGAAGCUUUUUCUGUUUUUCUGUUUCUACAGCAAGUCAUGAAGGACAAGUGGAUAAAUUCAGGGUACGAUGCGGAUGACCUGAAGCCCCACAUAGAACCUGUUGAAGACUUCAGUGAUCCGAUUCGCAUAGAGGUGAUGGUGGGGAUGGGCUACACUUCAGAGGAAAUCAAGGACUCUUUGCUCAAUCAGAAAUACAAUGAAGUCACCGCCACCUACUUACUACUGGGCCGGAAAGGCGAUGAGGCCAGUGAGGCUCGGACAGCUAGUAGCCUAUCCCUGGCGAGGGUACGGCCAAGCCCCAUCACCAACGGGACCAACAAGCACUCCUCAGCCACUGGCUCCUCUUCAUCCUCCACCGCCUCCUCACAUAGCAAGACCCAGCGCAGUGCCUCCACCUACCACAGGCAGCGACGACACAGCGACUUCUGCGGGCCCUCCAUACCCGUCAUGCACCCCAAACGGAGCCCCACUAGCACGGGUGAGCGCGAGCUGCGGGAGGGACGAAUGCCUUCACGUAAGACCAGUUGCAGCGUGAUGGGGAGCCACAGCCUCCCCCCCUCCAGCCCAAUGGUCAGCAGUGCCAACAACCCCAACAAGUCUGAGAUCCCAGACCGCCGCAAAGACAUGACCGCCACCACGAAUAACAUCCCUGGAAGCGCCAUGACACGCAGGAAUACAUACGUCUGCACUGACCGCACGGGCGCUGACAGACACUCUCUCCUGCAGAACGGCAAAGACAACAGCUCCCUGGGCCACCGCGUGCCGCAAGCAUCUCCCUCCACGCUCAGCAUCUCUGGCGCCGGAGCGGGCGCCUCUUCCUCGUCCUCGGACCGGUGCCGCCUGACCCGAGGCUCCACCAUCCGCAGCACCUUUCACGGGGGGCAGCUGAGGGACCGCGGCCCCCCGGUCUACUCAGCCCCGCCUACUUCCCCCACCUUGUCCCACCAUGAUGCCAGCCCCCUGCCCCACGCCCGCACCAGGGCAACCUCCAACCUCUUCUCCAAGCUGACCUCCAAACUCACUCGCAGGGUCACAAAUGAAUCUGAGGGAAUCAGGAGAUUUGCGGUCACAAGUUGCCAUCUACCUUGGUAUCAAAAAGCGUCCGAGCCCCGGGCCAUCGGACGUGGCUGGGAUCUGAGAGGCGGUGUGCGGCGGGACCCUGCGGAGGUGGUUCUGGCCCUGCGGGAGGCGGCACUCGGAUGUGGCUGCCAGGUCCGCCAUGCCGGCCCCUUUCUACUCUCCUGCACCCAUGGCGCGGCAGGGGGCCGCGUGGCUUUCGAGGCCGAGGUGUGCCACCUUUCCACGGGCACCUCCGAGACUUCUAACGGGGUGCGCUACACGCGUCUCUGGGGGACGCCGCUUGCUUUUCGGGAUGUUGCAACCCAAAUCUCCAAGGACCUUGAACUCUGAACUGAGGGGCGUGUUUGUGUACGAGUGCUUGUUGUUGUGUGAGUGAGUGUUGGAUGUGUGCGCGCAAAGGGAGGUGGGGGUUGAAAUAAUUGAAGAAAAAAAUAGCAGAGAAGGGACAAGGGGCUGGACCCGAGAGAAAAGACUCCUCCUUCUGUCUCUUUCAUGAAUACCCCCCCUACAAACACACACACACACACACACACACACACACAGACACAGAUUCACGCACACCUGACCCGUAAAGUCACACAAACUAAUGUAUUAGUUAUAUAACUUGAUAAUAUUUGACCAAAUCGAGUUAUAUAACUUUCCAAUCACCCCACCCCGCUCAGCCAACUUCUUCACUGAGCGACUGCACCCACUGGACCUGGAUCAGAUGGAAUCUAGUUGAAUAUUUGUUUUCGCUACUCUAGCCAUACUGACUUUAUUUUGUUAUUUAUUGCUCUGAUCACUUUCACCACGACAGAAAAACAUCAUCUCUUGUGUACAACAUGUCAUUAAUCAGCCAGUCUUUUUUGUAUUAUUUUGUAAUAUUCUUUUUAUAUGUCACCUUUUACGUACACCAUAUUUCCAACACACACCCCUCAGCCCCUUGCCGAUGAUUAUCUGCUGACUUUCCACCACCUGGGGACAAUGACACGCACAAACGGGAUUAUGGUCCCACUCAAUGAUCAGGCCUCAGAGGGUUGCGUUGCUCUGAUUCGUGUACGUAAGGCAGUGACGACCGCACUGGAUUAAGGUCAGUGGGGGCGGGGCUGACAGGCCUGUGAAACAGCCAAUCAGAGGCCGACCCUGGAAUAUAAAAGGCCGGUGACAUCUUCCGCUUCUCGAACUGAGUUGCCGCCUCUCAAUCACAUUAGUUUUCUCUGCAGGGGAAAAUGGAAACAUGUAGAUCUUACAUGAUUAUUGAGGAACGAUCUCCCGUUAGCACAAUUGUUAUACGUACAAGAAAAAACUUGGUGCAGUAACGCCGCGGAAUUAAAUCAACACAGCCGAUUUGGUCAAAUAUGAUCGAUUUAUCUCUUUUUCGUACCAUUGUUGUCAUGACAACUGCCUCUGUAAAAGAAUGAAUAGAGAGGCCUGCAAAGACCACACAUGCUGCUCUCUGGUUGGCUGGAUUCAUCGUUUGUCAGCGCUGGUCAUUGUCAGUACAACUUGUUCAAAGUCUUGGAUUUUCCCAACCUCCCACCCCGUUUCAUCCCUUUACCUUUUCUUCAAAAAGCAUCCCACUGAAGCAGAGACACACACUUGAGAAUACCUUUCAAACUAGAAGCCCUCAACAGUUAGGUGAGGUGAUUCAAGGUGGUGGCGCCAGAGCGACCAACGUGGUUUGUCGUGCAAACUUUGCCCCGUGAAUUCUCGCAGUCGUCCCACCGCAAAAAUACCAGCGAUGCUCUGGUUUCUUUUCCGGUGCAGUGCAAUUCUUUGGGUUCUCUUCUGUGCCAUGUGUCGUCAUCUCAGUAUGUCGAUGGGAAGCACCAAAAGGCCCAUCAGGCCGAGCACCGAAAACCUCUCAGUGACACGCAAUCCUUCACAUGCACUUCUACACGUGUUUGGGGGCUCAGUCUAUGGACUGGCCGUCCGAUGUCGGUGACUUUGUGGGCUGCGGGGAUCAUGGGGCCCCGGGGGCACGACGAAGGCAGUGUGCACAGUGUUUUCUUCUUGUUAGUCCAGUUGCCUUUAAAGCGAAAAACAACCCCCGGCGCCUUCAUACAGUGCAUAUUUAAUGUAAAAAAAAGAACAAUAGAAAAAAAGAAAAAAGAGAGAGACAGAAAAAAAACGAGAAAGCUUUCUAUUCUCCCUCCCUGUUUUUAGUGAAUAACGUACUGUGAUAUUUACGUAGGCUACAGAGAUCAUGUUGUUUGGCUGCUGGUUUACUGUUAAUAAUAUCUCUCAGUUGUGGCUUUGCUCAUGGUGACCCACCCCCAUUUCCUUGCCCACCCAUCAUAAUCCCCCCCAUUCACCCCGAACUCCCUACAUUUAACAGGGAUGCAAAACGAUCCCUGUCCACCACCUGCGCACAUACGACCGCCUCUUUUCUAAUGUCACGACGAGCGUUUGGCUUUCCUCAGCUCUUCGUUUGAGGCCCUGCUCUCUCGCGUGGGGCGACACUCAGCCACCGUCCACACUCUCUGACAUCUUCUCAGUCCUGUUUGGCGUGUACUGUUUCACGGAGCCCGUCGGGGGGGGAGACCUCCUCGGGGUGAGAAGCAGACACCAAAGUGGGCACAAGGAGUCUGUCCGUGUCCUCUCCUUGGACGUUUCUCAUUGUGGUGUAUAUUAGCAUUCGGUAAUAUAGACCUCAAUGCACUUUGCUUUGACUUGAAUCAGCUCCUUCCAGUGUACUUGUACAGGUAAUAUCCAGAACUAGCCACUGGAGGGCGCCAAUGUCUUAAAUGUGAAACACUUCAAUUUGUGGAUAUUUGCACAGGUACUUUAUUUAUUUUUUUGAGUAAUAUCAUUUUAAAAAACAGGAUUUAUAUCAGUCAGUUGAUGGCUGUAUAUAAAAUAUAUGAAUAUAGUAUAUAUAUUAGAGCUCAAGGUUUAUUUAUAGCUAGAGCAAGGGAAGUACUUCUAGUUUAAAGCAGAUUCUGUCAGUGACAAUGGGGAACAAAACCAACCUGCAAUCCUGCAUGACUUCAGAGUUUGGGUUUUAGGGGAAAAAAUUAAACAUGAUGCACACCUAGGAUUGGAAGCUUUGUGAAAUGCAGACACGAUUGUUUUUAGACAUGAAUUAAUACAAAGAAGCGGUGCUAAAUGUAGCGUCCGGUCCUUCCCCCCGUUUACAAAAAAAAAAACAGGGCGUGAAACAGUGACUUCACUCCAACUUGUUUGCUAAAGGAUAGUUUCAGACAUGCCAUGAAAUGUGCCACAAUGUACACAGUGUGUAAGAGAAAUGUUUAGUUGUAGUCCAGAAAGGACACUUACAUUGGGAAUCAACUGGGCGGCUUGGUUCUACUUUAACUUGAAUUUACAAUAAGCCCCGAACGUGUCAAAAGCCCUGGGUUGCAUUCAAGCCAUAGAAAUGUCACAUCACUGUCUCCUGAUGGCAAACACAGAUCAGAUUAUUUGCGAAGCCUUUCGGAGGCAAUCAUUGAGGUGAAACGGGCGAAAAAAGCAAAUAACUUAGUGUAAAACAACUCACUCUUAGUAUAAGGUGGAUGAACAUUUUCUUGAGGUGAAAUCUACUGUGAAAAAAUCUUGAAAAGAUUUGGUUGACAUGCUUGUUGAGUAAUCGUGUGUACCUACUCAGAGACUGGUCUGCUUUCAGAUGUUACAGUAUUAGAACGCCCGGCGGCUCAGUAUUUAACAUACACUGUCAUUUCCAAACAGAUGUUUGGAAACAGCUGGAUGUUAUAUGCAAAAGAGAUUGAAGAACACACACAGUUUGACCUGUAUGAGUAAUUUUACACUGCUCUACUGUUUGAUUCCUCCCCUCAGAAACAAACUGUAAAUUGAGAUUCAGUGGUUGUGGUUUAUAAGGAGAACACGGAGCUGAAGAUUAAUAAAAUUCACUGAUGUUG